AUGGUUUUAGAAACCGCAUAUGCAGGGGGCAAUGACAAAAAUGAAACCCGCUAUAACCCCAAACUUUCUGAGUCCUCAUUAAAGUGUGUUUCUCAGUAUAUGGACAAACGUCAGGUGAAAAAUGAUGGAGAUCUUGAACGUCUCACUGCAACAUUCCGCAACACAUUUUUGAUGAAGGUAGAAGAUGGUCCAGCUUGUUCUGGCAACCCGUGUGCUGAGGGGCCUCGCGCAGGUGCCGGCCAGGGGAGCCGCUCCGGCUGUGUGCUGUCUGCCAUGGCCCGUGAUGCGUUGUCCUUGCUGGGUUUGCCUGAAUCUAUUGUUGCAGCAGCAUGUGCCAGGAGCGGCCAGAGAGUUCUUCAUGUUGAUUCGAGAAAUUACUAUGGUGGAAACUGGGCCAGCUUUAGUUUUUCAGGGUUACUUUCCUGGAUUAAAGAAAACCAGCAAAAGACGGAUAUCACUGAUGAAUGUGAAGACUGGAGAAAACUGAUCCUUGAGAAUGAAGAAGCUAUUUCUCUUAGCAAGAACAAUAAAACUAUUCAGCAUGUAGAAGAUUUCUGCUUUGGCGAUCAGGAUUCAGCUGAAGAUGUUGAAGAGGCUGGUGCAUUGCCAAAGCUGCCUGUCUUUGGAGCCUCCGGUACCGAGGGGGCUGCUCAGGAAUCGGAAGAAGAGUGCCCGCCAGCAGAGCGCACCCUUUGGGGGGGGGGGGACCAAGAAAGGGCUGCGGCGCGGGAGCCAGCGAGUGCAGUGGAAGGGGGUGAUACAGAAAUAACCUCUGAGAGCGAGAGUUCUCAUAACACGGCGUUAGGCGAGUCCGCUCUGCAGUCGGGAAACACUGAAGCUGCACCCGCCGAAACGUCUGCCGGAGAACCAAAGAAAAUUACAUAUUCCCAAAUUGUUAGAGAAGGCAGAAGGUUUAACAUUGAUUUAGUUUCCAAGUUGCUUUACUCCCGAGGUCUGUUAAUUGACCUGCUGAUCAAAUCGAACGUUAGCAGAUACGCAGAGUUCAAAAAUGCGACACGAAUUCUUGCCUUUCGAGAAGGAAAAGUAGAACAGGUACCUUGUUCUAGAGCAGAUGUCUUCAACAGCAGACAGCUCACUAUGGUGGAAAAGAGAAUGCUAAUGAAAUUUUUGACAUUUUGUUUGGACUAUGAACAACACCCUGAUGAAUACCAAGAUUACGAAACCAGUACGUUUGCUCAGUUUUUAAGAACACGGAAGUUAACACCCAGCUUGCAGCACUUCAUUCUUCACUCUAUCGCAAUGGUUUCAGAGACCGACUGCAGCACUCUUGAAGGUCUUCAGGCAACGAAAAAAUUCCUGCAGUGCCUUGGCCGCUAUGGCAAUACACCAUUUUUGUUUCCUCUGUAUGGUCAGGGAGAGAUCCCACAGUGCUUCUGCAGGAUGUGUGCCGUGUUUGGUGGUAUCUAUUGUCUUCGCCAUUCUGUGCGGUGCCUUGUAGUGGACAAAGAAUCUGGACGAUGCAAAGCUAUUGUGGAUCAUUUUGGACAAAGAAUAAGUGCCAACUAUUUUAUUGUGGAAGAUAGUUACCUUUCAGAGAGUGUGUGCACAGAGGUGUGUUACAGGCAGAUCUCCAGAGCAGUGCUCAUUACAGAUCAGUCUGUACUAAACACAGAUUCAGAGCAGCAGAUUUCAAUUUUGACAGUGCCUCCAGUGGAUCUAGGAAAACCAGCAGUUUGCGUCAUUGAAUUGUGUUCCUCAACCAUGACAUGCAUGAAGGACACUUAUUUAGUCCAUUUAACCUGUCCAUCAACUAAAACUGCUAGGGAAGAUUUAGAGCCUGUUGUACAGAAGUUAUUCAAUCUAAAUACAGAAGAAGAGACUGAAAAUGAAGAACUGGAAAAACCUAGAGUCCUCUGGGCAGUCUACUUCAACAUGAGAGAUUCUUCAGGAAUCAACAGAAGUUCAUAUGAUGGCUUACCCUCAAAUGUUUAUGUCUGUUCUGGACCAGACUCUGCUUUGGGCAGUGACUGUGCUGUCAAACAGGCUGAGGCUAUUUUCCAAGAAAUGUUUCCUACAGAGGAAUUUUGCCCACCACCACCGAAUCCAGAAGAUAUUAUAUAUGAUGAAGAUGAGGUUGCGCCAGAAGAGUCUGGAUUCAGUAAUUCACCAGAGACAAAACCUGAAUCCUCAGCUGAGGAAAGCAGUAGCGGAGCUAGUACUGCUGCUAAGAAGGCAGAUGAUGAAGAAUGAAUUAGCACUGUUCUCUUAGUAGAAGAGGUGGUUGACCCAAACUAAAAUGUAAGGGAGGAAGGGUAAGAAAAAGAGGUUUAAAA